AUGGUAAUAGAUUAUCGGAAAUUAGAUUCACACACCAUCCCAGAUAGAAUACCAAUGCCUGUCAUAAAUGAUAUGUUAGCUCAAUUAGGUGGAGCAAAAGUAUUUACGUCAUUAGACUUGCUCAGUGGAUAUUGGCAGGUGCCCUUAGACGAAGAGUCCAAACCUUUGACAGCUCUUAUAAAAAAUAGAGAAGCAACCACUGUAGCAGAUGCUCUGAAAUCUAGAAUAAUUGCUAGACAUUCCUGUCCUCAAACACUGUUAUCUGAUAAUGCAGGAGAAUUUACUAGUGACAUUUUAAAGAAAUUGUGUGAGUUUUAUGAGACUUAUAAAUGUCAGUUUACAGCUUAUAAACCAAGCUCUAAUGAAGCAGUUGAGAGAACAAAUCGUAAGAUAAAGGAGGAAAUGGAUUUCACUAUGGCUCAUGAUAUCUGCAUCUCCCUCUUGCAAAUCAAGAAGGGAGCAAUCUUAAAGGAUCAUGGUCAAGUCAAGAUAAUACACGAUAUUGUAGUACUAAAGAUUAACAUCACCACCGUGGAUCGGCAACAAGAAGAAUUAAGAGAAUUGAAAGUGUCACAGAUAGAUUUCAAAGCUCAAACUUUGUACAAUGAAUUGGUAGUGUUUUCACAGAAUCAGGUAACAGCUAAAGUCACUUGCAGGAAUAAUCAAUCACAAAUAAUGUUUAACAACAUCAAUCCUUUGUGA